CGCGAUUCGCGUGCAGUUAGUCGAAUUUUUGACGGUCGAGUGACAAGGUGCGUCGCGUCGCGAACUCUUAAAAGAAAAUCUAUACAACAAACAAGAAACAACUAAACUAAAAGCCACAAGAUAUAGCUCAGCCUACCGUCGCGCCUCUAAACUGAGUAAUCAGUCAAUAUCCGCGGUAUAAGCCCCACUGUGUAUGUUAAACUUAAGCGGAAAGUGUGUUGUGCUCAAGUGUUUUAAGGAUUCGGUUUGAAACCAGAAUUGUGGAUAGCCGGUGGUCACUGGACUAAGGCUAAAAAAUAUUAUAAAUUAAAACUAAAUAAAGAAAUAAAGAUUUCCACUGUCCCGCACGGCUCUGUUCGGAUCGGAUCGGAUCGGAUCGGUUCUGGCCAGGCCUGGACGGGGAGCCGAUUUCGUGGAAGCCGUAAAAAGUCUUCGGGGAGUGGGCCGCCAGCAUUUCGAGAGACUCAAGUCACAGUUUGAUGCUGUAGCUGUAGCUGAGCAUCCUAAUAGCCCGGCGACCACGACGACAUCCAUCAAAGCGUUUUUAUGGCGUUCUUGCUUGAAAUUUGAUUAAAAUUCAGCGAUUAACUAAGCGGCAGAAGCAUCUGUGGAGCAAAGAGAGGAGACGAGAGGCACAACAGCAACUAAACCAAAAUACUUUACGGAGGCUAAGCGACUAAGCGAUCGGAUCGUAUCGAAUCACUUUCGGAUUGGACUGGACUGAAUUGAAUUGUUGAUCACAUUUCAGCCAUGCCGCAUACAGGACAAGCUGGUGUCAACCAAUUGGGUGGCGUUUUUGUGAAUGGCCGUCCUUUACCGGACUGCGUGCGUCGCCGGAUCGUGGAUCUGGCCCUGUGCGGAGUCAGGCCCUGUGAUAUAUCCCGCCAGCUUCUGGUCUCCCAUGGUUGCGUAUCGAAAAUUCUGACACGAUUCUAUGAGACAGGCUCCAUACGACCGGGUUCCAUUGGCGGCAGCAAGACCAAGCAAGUGGCCACUCCCACCGUGGUAAAGAAGAUCAUCCGUCUGAAGGAGGAGAAUAGUGGCAUGUUCGCCUGGGAAAUCCGUGAGCAGCUGCAGCAACAGCGCGUCUGUGAUCCCAGCUCGGUACCCUCGAUCAGCUCCAUCAACCGAAUUCUGCGCAACAGUGGUCUCUGGACGGACGAGAUGACCUCCAGUCAGCAGAAUGCCGCAGCGGCAGCAGCAGCAGCGGCCGCAGCUGCGGCGGCGGCUCAUCAUCAUCAAGCUGCGAGCAGUGGCGGUCCAUCCAAUAAUGGCUAUGCCCCACAAGCUCCGCCUCCGCCUGUGACUGUGGCCACUCCAUCCACUCCGGUUGCCACGCCCAACUCGACACGUUAUGCAAAGCCGCCGCCGGCGUUGAUGAUGGGUUCCGGCGCUGGCGCCGUCGAUAUGCCCAUCAAACCCGCUCCGAAAAUGCCGCCGAAUAUGGGACAUGGCCAUGGGCAUGGUCACAGCCUAAAUCCUAGUGUUUCUGGUCUGGAUUUGAGUUACUCUGCUCUGCACAAGCACUGGCUGUGGAAUCCCUCCCUGCUGUACUAUACCCAGGCCCACAUACAGGCCCAAGCAGCGGCAUCGGGUGGCCAGUUCCUGCCCUAUGCUGGCGGCUACUUGCCCCACGCCAUGGCAGCGGCGGCCGCCUCGUCCGCCUCUGGAAGCGGGGGUGGUGGUGGCUUUACCAAGUCGGAGAGCUCUAUUGAUCUUUCAACGCCUGGAGCCGCCGGAGAUGCGCUUAGCGAUUGCGAUUCCGGCAAAUCCUCGCCAGCAGCUCUCUCUUUGACCGCCUCGGGUGGAGUAAAUGGCGGUGGUUCGGCCCCAGAGGCCUCUCCUGGUUCAACUCUGAGUCACAGUCGCAAGCGGAAUCCUUACUCCAUUGAGGAGCUGCUCAAGAAGCCGGAGAAGCGACUUCGCUUGGACAGCAGCCACCGUCUGGAGUGCCUGGAAUCGAGCUCGUGUGAGAGCAGCCAGGAUAGUCCAGCUCCCCUGCCACUGGAGAUUCCUGAUGACGAGGACCCGGCCGAGGGAGAGGAGCAGGAGCAGGAAGAGGAGGAGGAGGACUGCAGCGUUGAAGUGGUCAACUGAGUCGCCUAGCAUUAACCAACUGUCCCAGUUUUGAUCUGUGUAUAUAUAGCUAUUUAGUGUAAACCUACGCCAGCCGAUUCCCCAACGCCUCUCGAAGUCUGGAAUUGCUGGAAUCGGAAUCCAUAGAAUUUCACAAACAACUUUCCUUCCACAACUGGAUCUCCUAUGAAAUACUUUAAAUCUAAAUGAAAAUAUUACUAAUUGUAAUAGCAACGUGAAAUUGUAUUAAUUCCCUCUUCAACAAUAAGGACUUUGAUUCGUAUUGGAGAAAAGGGUUCUACAAAGUUCUGCAAAAAAAAAUAUUUAAAUAAAAACCAA